UUUAAUAAAUUUAUUUUUUGAUUUUGAUUGAACAUGAACGUGAAAAAGUUAUAUUUAUUUAUAUAAAAUCAAGUUUAACAAUAAUGGAAUUAUCACAAGUUAGUGAAAAAUCCUGUAAAAGGGAAACAUCAAAUCAUGAGGUAGAUUAUGCUCUUCUGGAUACCAUGAAAGUUGAAAUUAAAGAAGAACCCUUGACGGAAAGUGCACAGGAUGCAUUUGUUUAUUCUGAUUUAAAAGAACCUGUAAAGACUAAAAUUAAACAAGACGAGCAUAAGUUUGCAGCACUUGAAGAAAAACAAGUUGCUGAAGAAAGUUUCCUCCAAGAGGAGAACAAAAUGCAAAUUAUGGAACCAUUAAAUAAACCUUCAUAUCAUAAAGGAAACUAUAUAAGUAGAUGCAGUGAGGGAAAAAGAUUAAGUAAAAACAAUAAAGUUCAGACUGACCAAGAAUGUUCUAAGUGUGAAAUUUGUUUUAAUCAGUUUACUACUGUAUCUAGUUUGAAACGACAUAUGCGAUUGCAUACUGGAGAAAAACCUUAUAAGUGCGAAAUCUGUUUUAAGCAGUUCAGUGAGGCAACUUCUUUAAGAAACCAUUCGGUGGUGCACACGGGAGAAAAACGUUAUAAAUGCGAAAUUUGUCUUAAGCAGUUUACUCAGAAAAUUUCUUUAUAUCAACAUACGAAAGUUCACACAGGAGAAAAACCUUACAAGUGCGAAAUUUGUUUUAAACAGUUUAGUCUAGCAACCAAUUUGGCAAAACAUUCGAGUGUGCACUCUGGAGAAAAACCUUACAAGUGUGAAAUUUGUUUUAAGCAGUUCAGUGAGGCAACUUCUUUAAAAAACCAUUCGGUGGUGCACACUGGACAAAAACGUUAUAAAUGCGAAAUUUGUCUUAAGCAGUUUACUCAGAAAAUUUGUUUAUAUCGACAUACGAAAGUUCAUACAGGAGAAAAACCUUACAAGUGCGAAAUUUGUUUUAAGCAAUUUACUCAGAAAGGUUCUUUAUAUCGACAUACGAAAGUUCACACGGGAGAAAAACCUUAUAAGUGCGAAAUCUGUUUUAAGCAGUUUAGUGUAGCACAUCAUUUGAAAGAUCAUAUAAAAAGGCACACUGGUGAAAAACCAUACAAGUGCCAAAUUUGUUUUCAGCGGUUUUCGCAGCAAAGUAAUUUAAAAAUACAUAUGAGAGUGCACACUGGAGAAAAACCUUACAAGUGUGAAAUUUGUUUCAAGCAGUUCACUCAUAAAAAUUCUUUGCGUAAACAUACGAGUACGAAAGUUCACGCUGGACAAAAACUUUAGGCAGUUUAGUAAAACAAGUUAUUUUAAAAGACCUUAGAACUAGUGCCUCCAAUUCCGGAAUACCGAGAUCUCGGUAUUGCGGAAUCCCGUGUCAUUUUCCAAUCCCGCGUGAUGCGGGAUUACAAGCGCGUGAUCCGCGGGAUUUGCGGGACUGAAAAAAGUGUAUAAUGUAGAGGUUCCCUUAUCUGGUUCCGAUCUUGAUCUUACAUUGCAACAGGAGUUAGAGCUAACUAUAUCGUCAGCAUGUAAAUCUACUUUGCCUGUCACCAUCUCGAGCUAACACACUAGAAAACAAAUGACUCUGUAUAAAUCGGGGGGGGGGGGGGGGUCAAUGGAAAAGAAAGUAUCUUACAUUUACAUAUAAAGCCUUAAAAGGAAAUCCGCCGACCAGUGUAGAAGCCGAAAGGGCAUUGGGUAUAUUGUCUCUAAAAUAAGCAGUAGUUUAGCAGACGACAGUUUACAUAUUACUUAUUAUAUGUUUUGUUUGUUUCGCAAACAUUUUCAAUUGAAAGCUUUAGCUAAAUAAGCUAAUUAAUAUAGCAGUGAUUAAUAUAGUAAAUAAGUAAAGUAGGUAUACUAUACCCCAUUCCACGAAUAUACGACCCUCUUGGAUUAUCUCGACAACGAAUAUUUUACUGCGCAAAAUAUGAAGAACGAAAGUAAAUUGCAAAUUAUAUUAUUGUUUAUUGGAGUAAUAUUAGAGCAAAAUACUUUCAUACUUCUUUGUUGCACACUAAAAUAUUCGUUGUCACGAUAAUCCAAAACAGUUAUACAGGGUGUCCCAAAAAGAUUGGCCAUAAAUUAUACCGCACAUUCUGGGGUCAAAAAUAGUUCGAUUGAACCUAACUUACCUUAGUACAAAUGUGCUCAUAAAAAAAGUUACAACCCUUUGAAGUUACAAAAUGAAAAUCGAUUUUUUUCAAUACAGUAGAACCCCGCAAAUCCGAACUAAUUGGGGGGAUAGCCUGUUCGGAUUCCGAAAAGUUCGGAUUAUCCGAAAGUUAGCCUUAACUAGUAGUUCAAAGCUUUCAUUGUGAUUUUGAGUAGCCAAACGUUCUCGCAAGAGUGUGGACAAUAUUUUUGGACUCAAGUGGACUACGAGAGAACCAAAGUAAGUUUGUGUUUAACCUUUAUAAACACUUUAUAAACCUAUAUAUUAAAGUAUUUAUAAUAUUUAUUUUUAAGAAAUUUUAAAUGUCAAAGUCCUAGUAAUCCUACAUUGUCCAAUUUUCUGGCUUUACUCUGUAUAAUAAACAUGUUUUUAAGUUUUUGUCUUGAAUUUUUAAAUUUUUUUCACUUUCCGUUGGUUCGGAUUUGCCGAAAGUUCGGAUUAGUGGGGUUCGGAUUUACGGGGUUCUACUGUAUAUCGAAAACUAUUAGAGAUGUUUUAUAGAAAACCGACAUGUAUGAUUAUUAUGUCAGAAUCAUCUUAAAACAAAAUUAUAGUGAAAUUUGUCCACCCCAUAAAAAUUUUAGGGGGUUUUGUUCCCUUAAACCCCCCCAAACUUUUGUGUACGUCCCAAUUAAUUCAUUAUUGUGGUACCAUUAGUUAAACACAACGUUUUUAAAACUUUUUUUGUCUCUUAGUAUUUUUUCGAUAAGCCAGUUUUUAUCGAGAUGCGGCUUCUUUUUAAAUAUAUUUACAUAAAUAUUUUCUGUGGGUUUUGCUCCUUUAAACCCCCCAAAUUUUUGUGUACGUUCCAAUUAAACUAUUAUUGUGGUACCAUUAGUUAAACACAGUGUUUUUAAAACUUUUUUGUCUCUUAGUCAUUUUUUGAUAAGUCACCUUUUAUCGAGAUGUGGCUUCUUUUUCAAAAUAUACAUAAAAAUGUAAAUUAUAAAUAAAUUUUCAGAUUAUUAACAGGUCUCUAUAAUCGUACUUAACCAUAUACAAAUAUGUGGUGGAUUCGACAAAUAUUCAAAAUAUCUCGAUAAACACUAGCUUAUCGAAAAAGUACUAAAAGGCAAAAAAGUUUUAAAAAUAUUGUUUUUAACUAAUGGUAAUACAAUAUUAAUUUAAUUCAAACGUACACAAAAGUUUGGGCGGGUUUAAGGGAACAAAACCCCCAUAAAAUUUUUAUGGGGUGCACAAAAUUCACUUUAAUUUUUUUUUAAGAUGUUGCAGCCAUAAGAAUGCCACAUGUCUAUUUUCAAUAAAAAAAUCUUUAAGAGUUUUAGUCCUGUCGCCAGGGGGGGUACAACGGCCUCGUUAAUUCAGAUGGACUUACCCAAAUUUUUUUUAU